AUGAGAUCCUUUCUCAUUCGGACAAAUAUAUCUAGAACCCAGAAUGGAGUCCUCAUCAAGUACCGUUCUUUUCAAUCAUCAUCCGAUGCUUACACACAACUCAUAGAAUCGUAUGCUCGUGAUCGAGCCUUACAAUCAGGCAGAGUCCUACAUGCGCACCUGAUCAUCAGUGGAUUAGCUCGUUUGACCCAUUUUGCCUCCAAGCUCAUAGCUUUCUACACCGGGUGUAGGCGGUUGUUUGAUGCUCGAAAACUGUUCGACAAAAUUCCCAAACAAAUAUCCGCCGUUGGAUCGCAAAUUGAGAAGGCCAGGAGGGUUUUUGAUGGGAUGGUUGAAAAAGAUUUGGUGGCACUGAAUGCCAUGGUUGCAGGGUAUGUUCAACAUGAGUUUGUCAAAACAGCAUUGGGUCUGGUUGUGAAAAUGCGAUUAAUCGGAGUGAAGCCUAAUGUAGUGACAUGGAAUACAUUAAUCGCAGGUUUUUCGCAAGCAGGUGACGAAGUGAUGGUUUCUGAAAUUGUCAAAUUGAUGCGCAUUGAUGGAGUUGAACCUGAUGUGGUAUCAUGGACUUCUGUUAUAUCUGGGUAUGUUCAGAACUUCCAUGGUGAUGAAGCUUUUCGUACGUUUAAAGAAAUGCUGGAUCAUGGAUUGUAUCCAAGUUCAGCAACAAUUAGUAGUCUUUUGCCAGCUUGUGCAAGUGUAGCAGAAUUGAAGCAUGGGAAGGAGGUUCAUGGCUAUGCAAUGGCGAUUGGAGUCGAGGAGGAUAUUUUUGUAAGGAGUGCUCUUAUUGACAUGUAUGCAAAAUGUGGUUAUCUAUACGAAGCAAAGACACUGUUUCAGAAGAUGUCUGAGAAGAACACGGUUACUUGGAACUCCAUGAUAUUUGGAUAUGCAAAUCAUGGAUACUGCAAUGAGGCGAUUGAACUUUUUAAUCAAAUGGUAACAAAAGAGGAAAAGAAAUUGGACCACUUGACUUUCACUGCGGCUCUCACUGCUUGUAGCCAUGCUGGGAAGAUCGAACUUGGACAGAAUUUGUUCCACUUGAUGCAGGAAAACUAUGGGAUCAAACCAAGAUUAGAGCAUUAUGCGUGCAUGGUGGAUCUUCUUGGUAAAGCAAACAAACUUGUUGAGGCAUAUGAUUUGAUUCAAGCGAUGCCGAUGGAGCCUGACUUAUUUGUAUGGGGAGCAUUAUUAGGGGCAUGCAGGCAUCAUGGCAAUAUUGACCUUGCAGAAAUAGCAACUAGGCAACUGUCUAAGCUUGAGCCUGAGAGUGCUGGAAGCAGUUUGUUGAUGUCAAGUUUAUAUGCUGAUGCUGGUAGUUGGAGAAAUGUUGUGAGGGUGAAAAACAUGAUGAAGAAAAGGAGGUUGAGAAAAUUUCCUGGCUGUAGUUGGAUAGAGACCCCCUGA